AUCUUUCAAAAGUUAUCUAGUAAGCAGAUUUUGUAAUCCAAAGUGCAACAAUUUAUCUUUCAAAAUUAUGGCUUCUAUUUUGCAAAAUUCAAGGCGAUUUAGUCUGUUAUUUUAUGUAGUGGUAGUAUUAGGAAUGGUGAGAUUGUCAAAUGGAUAUGCUACUCAUUUCACGCCAAGCAAAUGGAAAUACGCUCAUGCAACUUUUUAUGGAGAUGAUAGUGCCUCUGAAACCAUGGGAGGAGCAUGUGGAUAUGGAAAUUUGUUUAACAAUGGGUAUGGUACAAAUACAGCUGCAUUAAGCACAGUAUUGUUCAACAACGGAUAUGGUUGUGGUAGUUGCUACCAAAUUAUGUGUGUUGGAUCAAAAUGGUGCAAUAGGGGUCGUGGGCACGGCCCGACUUCCAUUACUAUCACGGCCACAAAUCUAUGCCCUCCAAACUGGGCUCAAGAUAGCAACGCCGGUGGCUGGUGUAACCCUCCUAGAGCCCAUUUUGACCUCUCCAUGCCCGCCUUCAAGAAACUUGCCUUUUGGAAGGCUGGCAUCGUUCCAGUCCAAUACCGGAGGGUUCCAUGCGCGAAAAAGGGAGGGAUAAGAUUUAGCUUCCAAGGGAACAACUAUUGGUUGCUAACAACGGUAAUGAACGUUGGUGGUGCCGGUGACAUAGCCAAAAUGUGGGUGAAAGGAUCUAGAACCGGAUGGAUUAGCAUGAGCCACAAUUGGGGAGCAUCAUACCAAGCUUUUGGUCAAUUAGGAGGCCAAUGUCUUUCUUUCAAAAUCCAAUCUUACUCCACCCGUGAGACAAUUGUUGCUUACAAUGUUGUCCCACCUUAUUGGAGUGUAGGCAUGACUUACCAAGCUAAAGUCAACUUCCGAUGAUACAAUUAUCACCCUUGAUUUUCUAUGUUUAUUUUUAUUUUUCCUAUUGUUGGUCAAUGUUGUAGCAACAUCGCCUAUUUAGAUGCAAUGCCAAUUGACCCUUGAAUAGGAUCUCUUUGUAUGAUUAUGUUUAGUUCCUUCGUUUGAAAUCUUGUAUCUUUAGUGUAGCCGAUUGUGGAAAUGAGUGGC